CCCCCCUCCUCUCUCAUCUUUAGCUGUACCGAGUGUUUGAUCGAUCGGAAGCUUUGAGACGAGUAUCGUUUAUUCCUUGGUUUCGGGGAUCCUUCGGACUGAUUUGUGACUCCCCGUCCCCUCCGGCGCACACCUGCCGUUGACUGCGAGGACUUCGCGUCGCGUGAAAUCGUCCCACGCGCAAGUUUUAUCGAGCCCGAGCGCACAAAGUUGUUGGGCGAGCUAGUUAGCUAGCCACCUAGCUAACCACUCAGCUACUUCUCGGCUAGCUCACUCGCUAACUAGCUUGCAGAACAGGAGCCCGUCUUCGCAGACAGCUUUAUUUUGUGGGAGGGGGCGUCGUUUUUGUUUUGUUGUUGUCGUCGCACUGUCACCGUUCGCAGCUUGACACCCCUGAGAACGGAAGACUUUUCGCGGUCGGGGUUUACAGCGGCAAGCCGGUUGCCUUCCCCACUAGCGCGCUCGAUAUAGCCCGCUAGCUAAAACCCUGCGUAUUUAGCCUGGAAGCCAGUUGAAGGCCUCGGUUCAGCCCCAUCGUCUGCUGCCACUACCACCCCAGUAUUUGCAUUGUUGACAGCUUACUUGGUGACACAGAGACUUCUCCCUGAGGAGCCAAGAAGCAGACGGCUCAUGACUUCUGACCAGGACACGAAAGUUGUAGCUGAACCACAGGUGCAGCAAGUACAAGAGGCAAAAGAGAACUCUCAGUUGGAAUCCGCCAAGGUUUCAGAUCUCAACCCCAAUGCGAAAGCAUGGGCCAACCACAUGUUUAGCCUGGACCCCAGCGGGAGUUCUGACACCACAACUGCCGCCCUGCAGCCAUGGAAGGAGGGCUGCAACAGUUUGGCCGACCCCGGCCCAGAAGGCUAUGAAGCCAGCGAGGACAAGGCUUUCAAGGAGCCCCUACUAGCCAACCCAGAUGAGCCUCCACCGGCGCCGGUGAUGCUGGCCGAGCCGGCCCCCGCGCCGCCCGUCACCCUGGAGUGCUCCGAGCCGGUCUACUCGGAGUACCCCGAGCCGGGGCCACCAGCGCGCACAGGCAGCGAACCCCAGCCAGAGAGUCCCCAGGAGGCUCUGAGGGAGCACCUGAAGAAGACCUUGGAGUUCUGUCUCUCCCGGGAGAACCUGGCCAGCGACAUGUACCUCAUCUCUCAGAUGGACAGCGACCAGUAUGUGCCAAUUGUGACUGUGGCCAACCUGGACCACGUCAAGAAGCUCAGCACUGACGUGGAGCUGAUCGUGGACAUCCUACGAUCUCUACCAUUGGUCCAAGUGGAUGAGAAGGGGGAGAAGGUGCGACCCAAUCAGAACCGCUGCAUCGUAAUCCUCAGAGAGGUUCCUGAGAGCACGCCCGUAGAGGAGGUCGAGGCUCUUUUUAAAGGGGACAAUUUACCCAAGUUCAUCAACUGUGAGUUUGCCUACAACGACAACUGGUUCAUCACCUUUGAGUCCGAAGCAGACGCGCAGCAGGCAUAUCAGUACCUCCGUGAAGAGGUGAAGACCUUCCAAGGGAAGCCUAUUAAGGCGAGGAUAAAAGCGAAGGCCAUCGCCAUCAACACUUUCAUGCCAAAGAACGGUUACCGGCCGGUGGAGGUGAACCCGUACGCCCAGCAGCGCUACACCUCCUACUACAUCCCGCCGGUCUACAGCCCGCAGCAGCAGUUCCCCCUGUACAGCCUCAUCACGCCGCAGACCUGGUCGGCCACGCACAGCUUCAUUGACCCCACGCUGGUUGCACCAUUUCACAACAACCAGUACAUCAACGGAUUUACCACAUCGCACAGUUUCAAACCAGCGACGUCCCCGCUCACCGUCAGACACUACUCUCCCAGGAACAGGAGUCACAGUAAACCCCACCUGAGGCCGACACUCCCCACGGUGGACCGCAGCGCCGGGCUCCUGGACAACCCGGGCCUCUUUCCCAGCUUCCCCAGCGAGCGGCUCAACGGCGUCCGCGGGAGUCCACCCGCGCGGCUUCCCGCCAGCCAGCCCAGGACCCGGUUGCCCUCCACCGCGGCCUUCCCCCGCAGGGACACCGCGGGCACGGGCCGGGUGACCGAGCCCACCGCCCCGGACUACACUCUGGGUCUCGGGCGAGGAAGGAAAAAGAGGGACGAGAAGUUUACAAGAGCAACGCCCCAGUCGCCGCCGCCGCCCCCCAAACCCCCAUCCCCGAGUUUUGAGCUGGGCCUCUCCAGCUUCCCCCCGCUGCCCGGGGCGGCCGGUCAGCUCAAGACCGACGACGUGUUCGACAGCCGGCUGGCCAGCAGCGUCGUGGUGGGAAACGCCAAGGAACGGAAUGUAAUUGCGGAUUCCAGCACCGGAGCAGCGCUCUCUCCUGCGGGCCCCAAGGAGCCCCUCCGGUCCUCCGCCUCCCCGAUGCCCACGAGCUUCCAGUCCUCGCCGACUACCCCGACGGCCUCGGCUUUGACCCUGACCCCAGCCGCCGGCCCGCCUCACAGUCCCGCCCCUUCCCUCCCAGCAGCGGAGGUGAAGCCGGUGGAGGUGAAGCCAAAGGAGGCGCAGCUGUCUGUGGAGCGAGUCCCCGGCACUCUGUCCACUGCAAGCAAAUCAGUGCAAGUCAACGGCGCUGCCACAGAACUGAGGAAGCCCUCAUACGCUGAGAUCUGCCAGCGGAUAAAAGACUCCCCAACGUCGCAGCAACCGCCACCCCCCAAGGAAGCCAAGCCAGCUGGCGCCGGCGAGGACAAGAAGUGCCCUGACGCCGCCAGGCCAUCCAGGGAGGCGCGGAGGCCGGCCGGACGGUGGGCCUCACCACCCCCACACACAGGGAAAACCCCCAGCAAAGAUCCCCACCACACCCCGCCCAAGUCCCCGCAGUAGUGCGAGAGCCUCCCCCCCACUGCGCCCCACAGAUGCGUUUAAAACAAACGAAAAGGAAAUAAUAAGUCCGGGCUACUCAGCACUUGUAUCACGAGUCAUGAGCAAGAACAGACGACGCCUUCUUUCUGGUUCAGGGCUUGCAGGCAAAAAGCACUUUACCGUGCAUGCAGAGCACCGUUUCAACCCUUUUAUUCCUAUUCAUUUGCUUUUUAAUUUUCCCUUUAAUUUCUUUUUUUGCAUCACGUAGCCUGUAAGUCGGCACAGACGACACUGAAAUCCAUUCAUUCUAUUCCGAUGGCCUUGUGUGAAUAAUUAGUCAGUGGGGCAUUGUCUGAAGCCCCACCCCUUUCCCCCACAGUGCAUGGUGGGAAAGCGUUUGCGUACAACAGACUCCACCUUGUUUGGCUCUCACAGCGAGGGGUUUGUUUGCAUGUUGAGUGGCACCGUCGUGCAACUUAAAGUAGCUUAAUUAUGGGUCGUAAUCAGCAGAUGUGUUUAAUACAUCUUCAAAUCCAUAUGCAAGACUUAAAAUCUAAAUCUCAUCAAGACUCACAAUCCUUUGGGUGUAAAUCUCCUUUUUACUUUUUUUUGCAGGUUAAUUUACACUAGAUGACUUAUGCUCGUUGAUGUUUUGUUUUGCUAUCGUUGCCAUGGUAACUUCAUGUGGUAACUUCUAUUUUCUCUGUAAAUCACCAAAUCCUUCUGCUGUGUUGUUUUUUACUGUUCGCUGACACUGCUAACUGUGCUGUGCAGCAUAGCUUCCGUCUAACAGCUGUGAUGUGAUGUCAGCGCUGUUUUUUGUUCUUCGCUUUGGUGCAUAACACCGUUACACCAAAACCUGCAACCAAAAGUCAUUAGGUGGAAGGUUGUUUUUGUUUAGUUGCUUCGUGAAGACUUGAAUGGGCCAAGGGACGUUUGGGGAGAAGCUAAAUUUUCUUGGCAUUUGCAUUAUAUGGGAAAAGCAGCGCAAGCUCUCCUUUUCAGUUUCCUAUUUUAAAAAAAAACAAACAAACUGUGGAAUAAAAGCGCGCACAUACUGCCUCAAAGUAAGAGGCUUGGCGGGCGGCGUUAAAGUCCAGCUGCAAUAAGCGGUCGGAGGGGAAUUGGGAUCAGCUCGGGACGCUCGGCCCGACUCCACGCGUGUGACUGGUGACUUUCACGUUUGAGCUCCGAACGUCCGACAAUGAGUGUCGAGUUUCCUGCGCGAGGAGGUGCGAGUUGUGUUGGUCCGUUUCCUCUGGACGUGGUGCUAGCCGUCAAAGCCCUGUCGCUCAUCUGGUUUUUAGUCGACAGAACUGCGUUUGCACUGUUAGCGGGUGGAGAUAGAAAAAGGGAAUUGAUUGUGAACGUUGAGGGGAGUAAAAAAAUCCCAAAUGCUAGAUCUUUGUCUUUGUGCCUUGUGGACGUCUGUUGGACACACCGGGGAAUGACGACCGUUCCUUUUUGUUUUUGGCUUCCAGCAUCACAUGACCCUUUUAUUUUUCGACGGAUGUUUGCUUUACAUUUUCGCUGAAGCAGCUGUUACGGCGUGCAGUGGUUUGGGGUUUUGGUUUCUGGUUCUUGGUUCUGUAGCGGUGAGAAUUUCAUUGAAAGAAGGGUGCUCGUGAAAUAUAGAAAGUCAGAUGGUUGAAUAGAAAGUUUUACUGCAGAUGACGAAAGUUUUUUUUUGGAGGGUUUAUUAUUUAUUUUUUUUGCCACGUUGGAGGGAGAAAGAGUCCGGCGUGAACGUUGUCCGGCAAAAAACCUCUAGAGAUAAAAGGAAAAAGUUGAAUGAGAUCCAUCGCCAUGGAGGCGCUCUGUUCGUCUUCCUCAGCAUCGAGUCUUCACCACUCUGGUCGGCUGUUAUUUGUCAGCUUGCUCCUUCCUCAGUCUUCGGUUUGAUCACUUUGAGUUGUUUCUAUGAAAAAAAAAAAAUAUAUAUAUAUAUAUAUAUAUUAUAUAUCAAACUGCGCGCUGGCCAAACGUUUGUUUUUAUAUAUAAAUAUAUAUAUAUAAAAACAAAAGAUUGGCCAGCGCGCACGGUUCUUCUUCCUGCUCCACCUCGUGUUCUUGGGUUAAAAUGUAAAAGCACAGAUCUCAAAGGGGGAAACAAACCGCUAACUGCAGCAACCACACAGAUUCCGGCUCAAAGGGACAUUUGUCUUUCCUGUUGUCCGUGAGGCAGCGAGAGGUCGGAUACGGGGCGCCGGAGGGGUCGGGGGGCGUCGUUUGGUUCGGGAGGUCUGUCUUCUGUAGCAGCCACUUUAGCAGAUAACCAACCAAGUCUUGGAUGUUUUACUGUAUUCUAAAUGUUUAAUCUGCUGGCAAAAUUAUAUUGAAAAAGAAAAGGUUUGUGUAAGAAGUUUGGAAUGGUAGAACUGAAAUUAUGAAACGUUGAAGUUAUUUUUUGGGGGGGGUUGUUUUUUGUUCCCUCCAUUACUCAUCAGUUGAGUGCUUGGGUUUAAUCUCUUCUUAAAAAGUUCUCACCUCGGAUGCAAAACAACCUUAAAAAAACACUGUAUGAUACACAAUGUCUUAUUUUUGGGGGGAAACCAACCUUACAUGAAGUCUUCCUGCAACAUGAAGCAUUCUGGGUAAUCCCACUAUGACAAAACAACCCGUCCUGAGAGGGGGAAGCUUAAAAUAAUAAUUUAAAAGGCCUUUACUCACUUUUGAGCUCACCGCUGCUUUUGAUUUGGACGCAAAAUCUCCAAUUUGAGAAAAAGAGAGAACCUUUUUUUUGAAGGACUGAGAUGCACUUGGAUGAGUCAACUUUUAUUUUAUUUUCUCACCAGUGGAAAUGCUAAAGGAGAUGGAAAUGCAACACAUCCACUUAUUUAUAAACCAAUGCUGUUCCAUGAAAAAUAUAACGUUUUCUUUGAAGAAGGAAAUAUCUCAUCUAGAUAUCUAUAUCUAUAAAAUGUACAGAUAUAGAUAUCUGUAUAGAUAUAUAUAUAUAUAUAUAUAUACAUAUACCCAAAAUGUAAAAAAAUUAAAUUCCAUCCGUUGUUUGAGAAACUUGAAUUUUAUUUAAACUUGAAAAAGACUUUGCCUUAACUUUUAUACAAGACAAACCGUUUAUUUCUUUUCACACACGAAACAGAUCCCCUAAAUGUUAACGAAGCGGAAACAUCGAGUCACAAGUCUUACCGAGAGAGGCAGCAUACAAAUCCAGCUGUUUUCUUCAGUUCCUCUUUUUUGUAAAAUGUACGAAAAAUAAUCUGUUUGAUUGUUUUUUUUUUUUCUCGUAGUAUCAGGUGGGUUUAUUUGGGGUGGGGGGGGACGACUACAUAAACCGUGUAAAUGACAAACUAGUCGAUACUGUAUUAAAUUUGUGCACUUUGAAGUGUGUGCUUUGCCUGUACAGUUGUAAAUACUCAGAAAAAUAUAAGAGGUACCUUAAAAUGAUUAUAAAAAAAUAUAUUGAUCUUGUCGAACUGUUAAUGUCGCUAUCAAGCUGGAUGUAGGAUAUAAAAAAAAUG